GCUAUUUAUAGCCAGUCCCGAGCCCCGCCGAGCCAUCCACCAGCCUCCACCCACUCCCAGUUCUCUCCCCGACCCCUCAAAGUCUCGCUGGAGCCCUCUAGCUCCACCAUCGCCGCCACGGCCGCCGGCCUCCUCCUCCUAAAUUAGAGCGAGUCGAGCCCUCCCCCUCCUCAUGGCCACCACCAGAGCUUCCUCCACACUUCCACUAACCCCCCGGUACCUCAUCUUCCCCUCGCUGCAGUCGUGCCAUCCUUCCCACCGGCGGCCAAAGCCAUCUUCCGCCGCGGCCAGUAUUUCUCUCAUCUCCGAGUGGCUCGGCGACCAAGCGGUGCACCAAGGGGUCCGUAGUCCUCCCGAUCACUCCGGUAGGUCGAACACCUCGAGCGGUGGCCGGAGUCGCCGGCUAACGCCAUCAGGGCUCGCUGCCCCUGCGGCCUGGCGCGUGCGUGAAGGAGCGAGGAAGAAGAAGGCGCUGACCUGGCCAAGCGAGCCCCGUUUCGCCUCGACCCCACCCGUCGGCGACACACGCCCCUGCCACAAGACGUAUUACCUCAAAGGCAUUUUCUGUUUUCUCAUUCAUGGGCCUGUUUGUAGAAAUAUUUUACAGAUUGGUCCCUGGACUUCGUUGGGCUAUAACUUUUUGCUCGAGACUCUGAUUGAGCCCCCUCCGAGGGAGAAACUUUUCCGGCGAUUCCCUCCGCGAUCUUUCUGCACUACUCCCAGGAGUAUUCUUCAUCCCCAGGCAAGCCACAACCACCAUUUGCAUGAUAGCCAUGCAGUAGUAUUGGUUUUCAACUUGAAUUUUAAAUAACUAUCUAUUUGUUUUGCUACUGCUAUUGUUGUUUCAGUUAUGCUUUGGAUCUGUGUUUACUUUCAUGAUAUGUUUUAUACACCUGGUUAUCAUGCACUAGUUGCUAGUAUUUCUGUCAUAUGUCAUGUUUUGUAGUAUUUCAUGUUGGUGUUGGUCAUGUACUUCGAAGCAUGACUAUCGUCUGCUACCGAGUAUCGUGAUUAGGCAUGUUCCAUUGCAUCUAGAUGGUUAUAUGCUUCUUGGUAGUAUUGUUGAUAUGUUCUUGAUUAGUAUUUAUUGUUUAUGCUGGUCAUGUUAUGCUAUGCGUAUUGUUAUGCUUGUGAUAUUCAUGCUCGUCAAUAUGCCGUACUCAUUCGGAUAUACGAUUCAUUGUUGAUAUGGUUGAUAGUUAUGUUGCACCCCAUGCUUAUAUCAUGCUCAUGCAUUGUAAUUGCAUCAUGUUAUUUUAUCAUGGCUCAGCAUCUUGCAUUCAAGUUUAGCCGGAUUAAAUUGAACUUGAACAACUAUUGGCUGAGUCAUGGUGCCACCAUAACGAGCUGACUAGGGCAACCACAUUUACCUUUAAUGGGGAGGUCCU